GUAAGGAUUUCAUGGGUUAGUACAUCUAAGUGAACUUGGACAUUUCAUUGAUCCUCAAAAUGGGCACCAAAAACAGCAAGUUGAAGCCAAUGUAUUACACCUGUCACGAAAUUGCUCAUACUUGGCAUCCAAGUUGCACUUGGGUAGCACUAGAAAUUGCGGAAUCUUGCUUUUGGGAGGCCUUGAAAAUUUACGGAGCUGUCUACGGGGUGUCCACAAUGCUGAAGGGAAAAAUUCCCUCACGGGAACAAAUGAGAACGUUGAUUUGGAACACAAUCCAAUCAUCAAUCUUCCUCUCAGUGAAUACUGGUGCAUACAUAUCUGUUGUCUGCCUAUUGAGGAGAAUUAUAGGCUCCUUCAACUAUUACACAUUGGGAUGGCUUGGAGCUGUGAUCAGCAGUUUCCUAGCCAUUUUGGUCGAAAGACCUUCAAGGCGUUCUCUCCUGGCUGUUUAUGUUUCUAAUGUUGCGACUGAGUCGUUGCUUCAUUCCUAUGUCCAAGAUGGGACCCUGCCGUCCAUUCCACAUGGUGAGGUUUUAACAUUUGCCGGGAUUUCUGCAAUUUGCAUGUACCUUUUCAAAUCAAAGUUGAAAAGGAAUGAAAUUGAUCCAUCAAAAGAAAAAGACAAGACCAACAGCAACGAUCAUGAAGAUAUUCUUCUAAAAUUGAUAAGGUUGUUGGUUGGAAAGUCAGAGCAAACGUAUUCUCGUGACGAGAGAGAACCUUUGAUGAAAUAUAUCGGUAAAAUCGUUCUCGGCUUCUGGUCAAAGAGAGAACCAAGAAGAGGUCAAUCAGUUUGUGGUCACACAGAAGAAUCGUGCGUUGUUUAUGGCUUGAAGGGCUCUAUAGUUCCUUUUGCCAUUGGGCAAGCUUUGCAAGCUGGACUCUUUGCAUUGCCGAUGAUUCAAGGACGAAGUCGAAAUGGCCUGUCGACAAUCCUCUCUCAUAUUUCCAGACCAGAUGUCCUGUUGUGGAGUUGCUUUUUGGGAUCUUUUCCGGCCGUUUACAAGUUGGCCAGUUGUUUCCUAAGGAAUGCUUUAGGCGUGGACCAUCGUUGGAAUGCCAUUCCUGCCGGAUUCCUCGCAGGAUUAACCAUGGCCUUUUCACCCAGUCGAUCGAUGUGUUUGUACUCCGUGUGGAAAACCUUGGAGAUCGACACCAACUUUUGGUUCUGGUUGCUUUUCCACCACAGCUUUCAUGCCAUGGGCAGUAAAAAGACGAGUAAAAACCACUACUAAUGAGAUUCACUGAGGGCUGGCUAAGUCAAUGAAUAGAAAAGUCCGAGGUUGAUGCGAACCCAAUAGCUUCAAGGCCUCUUAUAAAAAGUUACACGAAGCUACGCUAAAGAUCACCAGCUUUGGUUGCUAGGAAGGAAGAAGGUCUUACAAGUCGCGUGUUGGUUGGCAAUCCAAUGGCACAAUGUAUGGCGGGGAUUUAUGGUCACCAAGCGAUCCCUCCCAUCAUCUAGUGGAAAAACUGUUCCACAGCGGAGCCCCUCAAUGUCUCAAUAGGCUUGUGACAGCCCCUCCCCACUUUGAGCACAACGUUGAUUUUUGAACCACAUUUUGUGGAGCUCAACAAGAGAUACUUUAGCCUUGAUUCAAUGAACGAACAACCAAUGAAUGUGGAUUCCACAAAGCCUCUAUCUUGGUAUUCUCUUUGAUUCGUCACAGAGGGAGACGCUUCCCAAUAGCUAUCGAUUGCAAAAGCUUUGGAAAGGCUCCGGAGACAGGCGUAAGGCGAACGGAAAUCUUCAUACAUGAUUUAAGAAGCUUGGUUUCUACACCUCAGAUUGAAGGUAGAAUCAUUAGAACAAAAAAAAAUAAUCCAUUCUUUCGUGGGCUAUUCUGUUGAAGACCAAUGCAUGCAUGACUUCCCAAAAGGUUCGUGCCAAACUUUGUGUCGGAUUUGGUGUCACUCCAAAACCUCCAUCAAGUCUUUAUGACGUCAUAACCUUCAAUAGGCCUUACCAAACCGACAACCCCGAUGGAACAAAGAGUGGGGUUGGGUAAAUCAGUCAACUUGACAAGCUAUGAUUGGAUGAUGUCUU